AACCGCGCCACGCGACUUCCCGCAAGAUAAUGCACAAAUCCUCACCGGUCCCUUGAGCUUCGAGCUCGUUGAGCUCAUCCUCCCUCAAUUUUCUUAGUAUAUUACUCUCCAAAGUCUUCAAAAUGUCUUCCACCUACUCUAAGAUCCUGAAGACUGAACCUCUGACCGGCGAAAAUGCGAAAUGGACAAGACUCAUCUUAACAACCUACCAAGAUCCCCUCGGCAAGCCACGAACGUGGGAGCAUGCCGAGCGACCUACACGUCCCAAAGGUUCUGAUAUCGAUGGCGUAGGAAUAGUUGCGAUUCUAGAGAAGCCUGGAGGACCAGAAAUCGUUCUCCAGAAGCAAUUCAGGCCCCCGGUUGAGAAGGUCACGAUCGAGGUGCCUGCUGGACUGGUGGAUGCGGGAGAGACGGCUGAGGAGGCUGCGGUGAGAGAGUUGAAGGAGGAGACCGGGUAUAUUGGAGUUGUGAGCGAGACGAGUCCGGUGAUGUUUAAUGAUCCUGGAUUUUGCAACACCAAUCUUCGAAUGAUCCAUGUUACGGUCGAUAUGUCUAAGUCCGAGAAUCAAAAUCCGAAGCCGGAGUUGGAGGACAGCGAGUUUAUCGAGGUGUUCACACUUCCAUUGACGGAUCUGUAUGCGGAGUGCAAGAGGCUAGAGAAGGAAGGCUUCGCGAUAGAUGCUAGGGUUGCUACAUUGGGAGAGGGUAUUGAGAUUGCAAAAAAAUGGAAGUUAUAGACUUGAGGAUACCCAGAUAGACUGGCAUGGCAGGCACGAAUACUAAAAACACGUCGCAUUGCAU